AUGCGGCUCUUUACCUGGCGUCAACGGCACAUAGUACUAGCCUGUAUAGUAUUACUGCUGUUAGGGUUUAUCCCGGGGUUACAAAAUAUUCCGAACAGCGGCCCUGUGGUAGAAGAGAUCACGCCCAUAGACAUAGACUUAGAUAGAGCUAAACUGCAAUACCUGCAGAAGGCCAAUAGACUCAAUAGUCCUCUAGUACAGUACAACAAUACCAUAUAUGGUCAUGGGGAGUACGAGCUAGAGUCCGAUGUGCCACAAUGUCGGAAAAUGUUUGUGGUUUGGACUACAGACGAAAGCACGUGGCAGGAAUUCAACUCUGUCUCGUUAGAAAGCAUCUUUAGAUACGACGCAUGUGCUCAGGUGUUUGUAUACGCAAAUAACCUUCCCUUCGACUUCUUCCAGGGUUACAAUGAAGCUGGAUUUUUCUUGAAAGUGAUUAGAUAUGAUUUACCCAGUUUAGCGAAGGGGAAGGCCGGGGAGAAGUGGGCCAAGGGCUCCUCAUAUACGUACAAACGAUCACCGUACUAUGCAGUGCAUGAGAGUGAUUUUCUGCGGGUCUUUCUGCUUUACAAUUAUGGAGGUACCUACAUAGAUCUGGAUCACUUCAUGUUGCCCAUGUCCAGGGUAUUGAACAACCACAAAAACAUGCUGGGUGCUGAGACUUGCCAAGAAGACAAUCCAGUAUGCCGUAAAUGUUGCUUCGUUUUAUAA